GUGUUGUCAACACCACAGCCAAACUAUCAGCCAAUAAAGGACUCACUUCAGCAGCAUGCAGUUGACAUUUGCUGUUUGCUUUUCUUGUCUGUUGGAUGUUGUGAGAUUGUCUUUAGCUGGGCAUUUGAAACAGUUGUUGGGGUUCUUUGUGAAGAAAUAGUUGAUCUAUUGAGCGAGUGUGAUGGUCUGCACUUCAAAGCAUCUAAAACAACAUCUACACAACUUGAAGAUUUAUUUAUGCGCACGCUUGCACUAAAAAUCAAGAAAGUUGCACCAAAUGUAUUCAAAAUGUUGCUUGCACUGCUGGAUGCAAACCUGGGAAGCAGGCAAAAAUUCCCAGUGGCAGACAUAACAGAAAUGUUGCAAGAUUAUGAGGAAGAUGACCAUGAGGAUGAGGAGAUGGAUCUUGGUGAACUCGGGGGAUGA